AUGCCUCGCCAAUCAAAGAACACGCCUAAGAUCCGUGUAAACCGCCGUCAACGAGCUAAAAGUUCUUUUGCUUUGUUCCGUGCUUUGGAUGUGGUUCAAAAUAAAAAUCGACGGUUGGCACAAAAAAUUGAACAAUUAAGAAAACGAGUACAAGAGUUGGAAGAACAAUUAGAAGAGCGGCGGGAACAAGUUGUGGAGAUGGUACAGAGGAAUUGGAUGAGAGAGGAAGAGCAUAGUAGAUUAGUGGUAGAACGGAAUAGGUUACGAGCUCGGAUGGAGAAUUUGGAAAAAA